UUCGUCCUCCCUGGCUCCGCCCCCCGUCACCCUUUCUGGGCGUGGCCGACACGAGGGCCCUCAACACGGAAGCGAAUGUGUGGCAGGGCAUAUGGAGCCUGGCAACGGGGAGGAGAGCUUCCCAAGUGGACUCCGGGCACGAGUCUCCAUCCACCGCCCAGCUGCAAGGACAAGCCGAGACAAGGAGCACGACGAGAAAGAUGAUCAGCUCUCGCCCACUGGCAUCUGGGGCUCGUGCUGGAGGCUGUACGCGGCGCUGUCCACAUUCCGGGUGCUGAACUGCCUGCUUGUGCAGUCCAGCUUUGUGCCAGACGAGUACUGGCAGUCGUUGGAGGUGGCACACGCGCUGACAUUCGGGUAUGGACACUUGACUUGGGAAUGGCGGGAGGGCAUCCGUGGCUACGCAUAUCCAUUUGCCAUUGCACUCCAAUACAAGCUGCUGAAGGCCUUGGGUCUGGACUCGACCACACUACUGAUAUGGCUGCCCAGGCUGUCCCAUGCUCUGUUGGCAGCGUUUGCCGACUUGAAGCUCUACCAUGCGGCAACCGACCUGUCGGGAGCACGGGUGGCACGCUGGGUGUUGCUGUGCCAGCUGUGCUCCUGGUUCACGUGGUACUCGUGCACGCGCACGCUCACCAACAGCGUGGAGGCAUCACUCACGUGCAUCGCCAUGGCUCACCUGCCUUGGGCAUCACGCAGUCCUCGCAGCAGCAUGGCGAGGUCCGUGUGCGUGCUUGUGCUGGCCGUGCUCGUCAGGUCAACGGCGGCCGUGCCGUGGUCGCUGCCCAUGGCGGUUGCACUUUGGCGCCAGAGACCCCCGCCAUGGGCCCCACUUGGACACUCACUUGCAAUCGGCCUUGCAGGCCUCACUGCAUCACUGCUCAUUGACCGGAUGUGCUACGGGGAGUGGGUGUGCGUGCAGCUGCGCUUCUUCUUGGUGAAUGCGGCCCGGGACAUCGGCUCAUUCUACGGGAGCCACCCGUGGCACUGGUACCUGAGCCAGGGCCUCCCGGCUGUGCUGGGGCCGCUGCUGCCGCUGGCGCUCGCCGGGUGGCGACACGCGCCGCUCACUAUGCGCGGAGCUGUGCUGGUCACCCUGCUGACGUACAGCCUCCUGAGUCACAAGGAAUUUCGCUUCAUCUACCCCGUGCUACCUUUCUGCCUCAUCAUGUGUGGCCACAGUCUGCGACGCCUGUGGUCUCCGGGAGCCACGCGGGGGCUGCUCCUCGCUGCCCGACGGGGCCUGGCGCUGGUGCUGCUGCUGUCGAGCUUGAUGGGCGGCCUCUACCUGGGUCUAGUGCAUCAGCGUGGCACACUUGACGUGAUGGGCGACGUGCGAGCCCUGUGUGGGCCCUCUGAGGCUCAGCGCUCUGUGUGGUUCCUCACGCCGUGCCACAGCACGCCGCUGUACAGCCACGUGCACUGCCGGUUGGACCUGCGCAUCCUGGAGUGUCCGCCAGACCUCGACGGGAACCCUGACUACCGGGAAGAGGCAGAGGAGUUUUACCGUGAGCCUGUCCAGUGGCUGCGAGCUGAGUUUUCUGUGAGAAGGGAACCUUCCCACGUGGUGCUGUUCAACACCCUCGAGCCUGUUGUGGAAAAGUUCUUGGCCGAGCGAGGUUUCGUCAGAACAGCCUCUCACUUCCAUACACACUUCCCUGAAGGGCGGCUCGGUAGCCACAUCGGCUUAUUCGAGCGACAAAAUGUGAGCCAGAUUGGCAGCUGACUUCUUGCCAAGCUUGUUCACCCCCAAUGCUCUUUUGAGGGCAGGCGUGGAGGAGGAGAGGCAAGAUGAAAUGAGAGACGAGGCAAAAGUUGAUGAGAUGAGAAGAGAUUGGAUGACAUUAGAUGAAAGAUUAAUUGAGACAUGAGAGAACAGACUCGAUAGGAUAAGGUUUUAAACAAUCAACGUGGUUGAUUGCUUCUGAACAUUUUAAAUCAUUGCCUUAUACUUCUCAUACAGUCAACACUUGUUUAUCCAGAGUAAUGGGAGGAGGGGUGGCUUGGAUAAAACAACAACUCGGAUAAAUGACGGUAAACACAUUUAUUAUUUACCUAUUUAGAAUGGUGAUAAAAAUGAAGGUGAUGUCUAUAGUCUUAGCUCUUUCGGUAAAGUCACGUUGAAGGGAAACAAUAAAAUAAUAAAAUGUAUAUAAAACAAUAACAAUUUCCUUUCAACGUGACUUUACCGAAAGAGCUAAGCAUAUGAAUUACUGCAGUCACGAAAGCUUUAAAUCAAAAUGUAAGGUGAUGUCUGUUUUAAGUGAGUUUUAAAGCUAUUGCUUUACUUUCCAACAUGUUUGUGGUCACAUAAACACUAAGGUACUUACCCCCGAUAAGUGAGGAGCAGCUAAUAAAUAAACCAGCAUGUGUGUAGAAACAUUUAAAUGUAUUUUCUCAAACACGGUUCAUUCGCAAGAUGGAUGUGCCCGCAAAUAAUUGAGCGUUAACUAUGGCUUGCACCUCGGUUACGUUAUAGAUUUGUGUAAAAAAAAUCCACUGAAAACUGUUAACUUGUAUGGUUUAUUUUUUUGUCUUUCUGUUGUGGAAAUUAUUGUUUCUAAAAACUUGAGAAGAAAUUAAAUGAAACAUAAAAUUCCAAGAUACACCAUGUCAUA